GAGUAAAUAACUUACUAAGUCAUGUGACCAGGAACAUCCCUUGCAGAAAACCUGCUAUACUCGGCUGGAGGGCUGAAAAACUUUAAAGAACAGAGAAGCCUCUUUGGAGCUGAGAGUUGUUCGCUUGGAGCAGGCAGGGAGUCGAGAUGAAUUUCCUUCCGAGUUUAUCCCUCGAAACCUGGAUUUUACUCAUUGCCUUUGUGAGCCUCCUGAUGCUUUAUGGGAUCUGGCCAUACAGAUUCUUUAAGAAGCUGGGUAUUCCUGGGCCAAGGCCUCUGCCUUUCAUCGGAACAUUUCACGAAUACCGGAAUGGAAUUCUGGAUUUUGACAAGAAGUGUUUCCAGAAAUAUGGUAAAAUUUGGGGAUUUUUUGAUGGCAGGCAGCCAGUCCUGGCUAUUCUGGACCCUGUAAUCAUCAAAACCAUCCUGGUGAAAGAGUGCUAUACCCUCUUUACCAAUCGCCGGGUCUUUGGUCCAAGUGGAGAUUUGGAGUCUGCCCUUACGAUAGCUACUGAUGAGCAGUGGAAAAGGAUCCGCACUGUGCUCUCUCCAACGUUCACCAGCGGGAAGCUAAAGGAGAUGUUUCCUAUCAUGAAUCGCUAUGGAGAGAUUUUAGUGAAAAACAUCCAGGAGAAAGUGGAUAACGAUGAGUCCCUGGAAAUGAAGAGCAUCUUCGGCACCUACAGUUUGGACGUGGUGGCCAGCACUUCAUUUAGUGUGAACAUCGACUCCAUGAACAACCCCAACGACCCCCUUGUCGCCUACAUCAAGAAGUAUCUCUCAUUCAAUUUCUUUAACCCACUGCUCCUGUCAGUAGUGAUGUUCCCCUUCCUGACACCAGUGCUGGAUAAGAUGAACGUGAGUCUGUUUCCCUCGGGCUUCCUGGACUUUUUCCUCAACAUUAUCCAGAGCAUCAAGAAGGAGCGGCAGAAGAACGACCACUCGGUCCGGGUGGAUUUCCUGCAGCUGAUGGUUGACUCACAGAGUUCAGAUGGCAGCUCUGAAUCUAAUGAGAAGACACACUCCUAUAAAGCUCUGUCUGACAAGGAGAUUAUGGCGCAGGCCCUUGUCUUUAUCUUAGCUGGUUAUGAGACCACCAGCUUCACCCUCAACUUCCUCUCAUAUAACCUGGCCACUCACCCCGACGUGCAGCAGAGACUGCAGGAGGAGAUUGACGCCGCUCUUCCCAACAAGGCUGCUCCCACCUAUGAUGCCAUCCUGCAGAUGGAGUAUCUCGACAUGGUCGUGAAUGAAACCCUCAGGCUCUUCCCUGUAGGUGGGCGGAUCGAAAGGGUCUGCAAGAAAACUAUUGAGAUAAACGGAGUGACCAUUCCAAAAGGCACCGUGACAAUGAUCCCAGCCUACGUGCUGCAUCAGGACUCGGAAUACUGGCCAGAGCCAGAAGAGUUCAGGCCCGAGAGGUUCAGUAAAGAGAACAGAGAGAGCAUGGACCCCUACAUUUUCCUGCCCUUUGGAGCUGGUCCCAGGAACUGCAUUGGAAUGAGGUUUGCCCUUCUCAGCCUGAAAGUGGCCAUGAUUGUGCUGUUGCAAAGGUUUUCCUUCAGAACCUGCAAAGACACCCCGAUCCCUCUGGUGCUGGACACAAAGGGUUUUUUGCAACCCAAGAAGCCAGUCAUUCUGAAGAUGGUCCACAGAACCCAUGUCGAUCCAGAGGAGUAAAAGAAUUUGCAACGGAUCAGAGGCUGCUGCCAGCUGCUCCUUCUGCCUCGUUUGUCUCUCUAUCAAUCACAUGAGAAUAGGAAUGAGCCAUGUAAAACUGUAGAGGGAAAGCAAAAGCAAUAUCUAGAAAAAGCCCCAGCUGUCAUGAAAGCAGGGCCUUGUGACUAUACAGCAUACCAAAUUUGAUGGGCCCUUCUGUCCAAUAGGAGAUUGUGCAUGGCUUUUCUACCAAAAAACCCCACACAAAGUACAGGCUGAGCAGAGUUCAAUUUUUAUAAAGCAAUAAUAGAGACCCAGGCCUAUUUCUCAUUGAUACCAAGACCCCUUUAUGCUGUUCAGACAGUCUAAAGGGACCUUUAAGGGUAUGCACCCGCUUUCAGGCCCCCUUACACUGCCAGAGUGGGGUUUAGCAUAAAUGAGAAUCAGGCCUCGGGCACUGAGACAAAAACUGUGUCACCUCCCAUCUGGCUAGACUCAUCCGAAGUUGAGGUUGUUAUGACUCCAUAUAAAAAUCACAUGCCCCAGAGUAUUUUACACUGCCGCAUGGGUAGACAUACCUGAGCUAGCUUUAAUCUCACUAGCUUGAGUAAUAAUUGCAGUGAAUCCAGAACCACCGGGGCUGUGUCUACGCUGGAGUCAACAGUGUGAGUGGAGCAUGUGUAAUCAUAGCUGAGCUUGCUUUGAACUAGCUCAAAUGAAAUAAUGAAGCCCCAGCAGCACAGGCUAGCUGCUUGUGUCCCCAGGUGCAGCUGGGGACACAAGCAGCUAGCCUGUGCUGCUGGGGCUUCAUUAUUUCAUUUGAGCUAGUUCAAAGCAAGCUCAGCUAUGAUUACACAUGCUCCACUCACACUGUUGACUCCAGCGUAGAUGGACUCUCAGUCUAUGCUAUGGACACUACAGUGGCAUAGCUGCAGCGACACCACUGUAGCUUCAUAAUGUAGACGCUUCUGACAUCAAUGGAAGGGGGUUUUCUAUAGGAAUGUAGGAGGUAAUCCACCUCCCUGAGAGGGAGUGCAGCUGAAGCCUGACAUGAGUAUUUAAUACAUGGGCGGGGGGAGGCCUCAUUUUUUGGAAGACAGCAUUAGGAAGGUAAAUGAAUCAUCAGGCUGAAAACAGGACAUUUGUGCUAAAUACGAUAAGUAAAUAGGGUAGUAGGCUGAAAAGACAGAAUGUCAGAGCCGGCGAAGAGAAGAGGGAGAAUACCCCGGGGACUAUUUACUAUGAACUAGAUAGCAAGGGACCAAAUAAGUUAGGAAUGUAGAGAUGAGGUAAAGAGGAAGUCAAAACAAAGGCAGCAUGUGGACAGAUGCACACGGUCCAGGGGUUGGUCUCGGAGGGAGCUAGGUUGAUGAAGGAAUUCUUCCAUCUGCCAAGCCAGGUCUACACUGGAGGUUAGGAUGGCUUAACCAUCGUGUGCAGGGGUGCUCAGGAAUUUUACACACCCCUGAGCUCCAUAGCUAGGUCGAUCUACCUAUUAAGUGUAAACCAGGUGUCAGACGUCAAAGAGCCUGCUGGCCUCAAUGGCUAUGUCAUCUGAUGCUACAGUAGCACUGUCUCUGCCGCUGCAUCAGAGGUUUCUGCUUGGUUUGAAAGACUCUUUGGUGUUGUUUCUGACCCUAGUCCAAAGUCACUGCCAGCCUUCUGGGUAAUCUGAUGCUUUAGAAGGAGAGGUCAGGAUGAUGUUGGGUCAGGUGGGUCUCUCUCUCUCUUAGUGCCGGUCAAAGUGGUGAGGUUUCCUUUCAUACAUUCCCCUUACUGAGGCUUUGCUUCUGCUUGGUUGCUUCAUACCAGUGGAGCCACACAUUGCAACCCCCUCAGAGCAGAUGCUGUAUAGUGGUAUAAAACAGGGCUUGGAACUUUACUGGGAUAAGCUGCAUUGAUGCCAACCCCAUUUUGUAGAAGUGCAGUGUGCCCACACUAAGGGUUUGCCCCAAUGUAAAUACAUCAGUGCUAUACCGGUGCAAAUUACCCUAGUCUAGGUGAGCCUGAGUACCCCUCGUAUCAUGACCAUCACCCUUUUUGCUGAGCACUGCCUUUGAGACACCAGCAGCACUGCUAGGUUCAGGUACUUUUAUGAAGCUUUUUGGAUAUUGGACCCUGCUCAGCAAUUUUAUUCAGACAUUGUCAGUUUCUUCUGGCACUUUAAUUGAAAUCAAGGUGUAGAGCAAAUUGCCCAUAUGUGACUGUGGCUGCCUAUUUUGUCCCCAUUCCUAUUUCUUGCCAAGUUGGCCCUAUCUGUUUUCUGGUUUUACAACCCCAGCUGGGUGGUGACAUCCAGGGCUAUUUUCCUGGAUCAUGUGAUGCUGCAGCAUUAUGGCUCUGUCAGGUGUUAAAGUGACCACAUCCUUGCAGGAAGUAAUGCAUGUGACCAAUUUCUAGAGCUGACUUAGCUAGAUUCUGGUAUGUUUUUAGGUGGCUGUUAUUACUAAAGACUUGUAACAUGCCUCAGCUUGCAGAUGAGUUAACCAGAGCAGCCUAGGUGUAAGCAGUUACCAUUUAUAAGCAGUGGUUUGCAGAGUGGGAGUGAAGCAUAUUAUCUGUUCUUUCUGUUUGUUUGCUUAUUGUAUCCAGUGGUCUCCUGUGUAAUAUCUUUACACAGAUAUUAGCCCAGUUAUGAUUUUUUAACUUUGUUCUCUAUUAUUCCAUUUUAUAACUUUGAUCUGAAUUGUAGGAAUAUGGCAAGGUGCAGCGCUGGGAAAGACUUGGGUUUGGAAGAAGGAUGUCUCUCUCUGUUGGAUACUGAGAGCAGAGAAGGCUCACUGGACCUUGUCAUUCUUAGAUUCCAAAUGAGCAUAAUGCUGAAUGCUCUGUAUAAUAUGUGGUGUGAUUUCCUAUUUAUUAAUCCAAAAAGUACUAAUAGAAGGAUAAUUAAAAUAAAAAUCAACAUAAUUCCUUAUCAUUUGCACUGAGAUGAUGCCAACAUCUGAUUCCACUCCCCCCUCUUCCACACACAAAUCAAUCCUUUUCCAGGGCAUUGGAGCCAGUGUCCGUGCAGUUCACAGAAUCUCGUUACAUCUCCCAAACUCAGCAGGGUUGGGCUUUGUCAUUAGCUAGAUGGGAGACUUCUAGGGAAAUCCCAGGUGAUGCAGGGAAGUUACAUUAAUGACUGAGGUGGGGACCCUCUUCCCUCUGAGUCAGGAAUGAGCAAAUACCCCAGCAUGAAUCAAUGAACUACUGGAGGUGCCAUCUUUUAAAUGAGAUGUAAAACCGAGCUCUUGACUUUCUGAGAUCUCAUCCCUUGGCACUUUCCACAAGAGUACAGUGUUCUAAUUAUUGUAUCCUUUCCAACUUGUAAAUUAGCUCGGCAUAUUCUGUGAUAUAAUACAUUUCACAUCCUUUUA